AUGGCUUCUGAACGCCACGAUACUGCCGCCUCCGCUGCCACAGCGACAGGCCCAGACGCCGCAGCUGUCGCUCCACCCUCGCCCAGUAUUCCCUCUCGUCGCCCUUCGACUUCGGCGAGCAGGAUAAGCCGGACUGUCUCCUUCGACCAGGACAAUCUCGACGCCAUCCAGCACACGUCUUCUCACCCUCAACCGCCGGUCCAUCGCCCGAGCGUCAAUGCGAACGACCGCAUCAGCAACAUACUAGAGGACGCACGAAAUCGCAGCGAGACAAUGUCGAGCCCAGAGCAGCGCAGGAUCCUCGAGUCCGACCGCGAAGAUGAGGGACAGAGCAGCGCCGACGAGCGUACUGGCAUCUUCACACGCGGCGCCGAUCGGAACUAUCAGUCCAUCAGCCCCAUGACCGCCACGCCCGUGCAGGGACCGCGGGUGAGAAAGGCUCCGAGCACCAGACGAUCCACGGCCUCCUCCAGGAUAGACCUCUCUGCCCCAGACGGCAGGCCUGACCAGGACGCGGACGCCGCCACCGCCGACACCCCCGAAGUGAGCAGUACAUCGGCGAGGAGAGCGCGGACGUCGGAAAAGAAAUCAUCAUGGCACGGUGGGCUCUUCUCCCACUUUCAGAGCAUUGAGCUCGAGAACAAGGGCAGCGUGGCUCGCGAUCACCUAGCUCUAGAGCGCACCUUUCUCGCCUGGCUGCGUACCUCACUUGCCUUCGCCUCGAUUGGCAUCGCCGUCACGCAACUCUUCCGUCUCAACACAUCUCUGCCCAACAGCUCGGGUGACAAGGAGGAUGCUGCUUCGGUGACGCUGCGGCGCCUGGGUAAGCCCCUCGGCGCCACGUUCCUCGGCAUCAGCAUCGUGAUCCUUUUCCUGGGCUAUCACCGCUACUUCCACGCGCAGCGAUGGAUCAUUGCGGGCAAGUUCCCCCGCCAGUCGUGGAACCAUUAUCGCGUGUCGCCUUUGUAG